CCCAGCUUAGCAGCCGUAGUCAGUCAGGCGUGCCGGCGCGGGGAAUUGUGGGAGAAGAUGGCAGCCGCUGCGCAAUCCCGGGUUGUCCGGCGUCUGCCAAUGUCACGUUCUGCCAUUACUGCAGUAGCCACAUCAGUGUGUCAUGGCCCACCGCAUCGCCAGCUUCAUCAUGCCAUCAUACCUCAUGGGAAAGGUGGACGUUCCUCAUUCAGUGGGGUCGUGGCCACUGUGUUUGGAGCAACAGGAUUCCUGGGCCGAUACGUUGUCAACCACCUUGGACGCAUGGGGUCGCAGGUGGUUAUACCUUAUCGGUGUGAUAAAUAUGACAUCAUGCACCUUCGUCCCAUGGGUGACCUGGGCCAGCUUCUGUUUAUGGAAUGGGACUCGAGAGAUAAAGAUUCUAUCAGGCGAGCAGUGCAACACAGCAAUGUGGUCAUCAAUCUUAUUGGACGAGACUGGGAAACCAAAUACUUUGAUUUUGCGGAUGUUUAUGUGAAGAUUCCUCAAGCAAUUGCUCAAGUGUCCAAGGAAGCUGGAGUUGGAAAAUUCAUCCAUGUUUCGCAUUUGAAUGCAGAUGUGAAAAGUUCCUCCAAAUAUUUGAGAAAUAAGGCUGUUGGAGAAACAGUAGUGAGAGAAGCAUUUCCGGAAGCCGUUAUCAUAAAGCCGUCAGACAUCUUUGGAAGAGAGGAUAGAUUCCUUAAUCAUUUUUCAAAUAUACGUCGCUUUGUUGGUAUACCCCUUGUUUCCUUGGGCUGGAAGACUGUUAAACAACCAGUAUAUGUCUCAGAUGUAUCCAAAGGAAUUAUUAAUGCAGUUAAGGAUCCUCAUGUCAGCGGGAAGACCUUUGUUUUCGUUGGGCCAAAUCGGUACCUCCUCUUUGACCUGGUAAAGUACGUCUACGCUGUGACUCACAGAUUAUUCCUACCAUACCCCAUACCACGUUUUGCCUAUCGAGGGAUAGCAAGAAUAUUUGAAAUAAGUCCAUUUGAGCCCUGGACAACAAGGGAUAAAGUGGAGCGGAUUCACAUCACAGACAUGAAAUUUCCUAAGCUGCCCGGCUUAGAAGACCUCGGUAUUCAGCCAACACCACUGGAACUCAAGGCCAUUGAGGUGCUGCGGAUACAUCGCGCUUACCGCUGGCUGACUGCUGAAAUUGAGGAUGCGAAGCCGGCCAAGACCGUCAACUUUUAGUGCCCCUCAAGCAGCUCUUGGUUUUGAUGUCUUUUGGGUCAGCCAGUGUGGUUGAGCACCCAGCCAGGUGGUCUCUUUAGAGAAUCCUGUACACAGUCAAUAAGGUCGUACUAUUAAAACAUUUGAGGUUGAAUUCUGC